GAGCCCGGGGCGCACGGAGCGGUGCGAGCCGGUGGCCGAGCCAGGCUGGCGCCCGCGCCCCCCGCCGCACCACCGCCGUCACCCGCCGCGCAGCCCACGGGGUGCCCUUCCAGCCGCACCGGCUCCGGCACCCGGGCCUCCGGUCGUGGUGUCGUCGUCCUCCGCUCCGCCGUCCCGCUCCGUCCCGCCCGGGCCGCCCGGCUCCCGCAGGCCCCAUCGCCCGCGUUCCUAUGGACAGACGCACAGACACCUGCCGGAAAGACACUGCUGAUCCUGUAACAUGGAGGAUUGUCUUCAUACCUCAUCUGAGAAUCUGUCCAAGUUGGUCAGCUGGGCCCACAGCCAUGGGACCAUUUGCAGCCUCAUUCCAAACCUGAAACAUUUGCUUUCUGAAGGUUCCCAUGGGAACCUAACUGCAAUGUGGGGCUGUAGUGCUGGCCAUGCUUACCACUGGCCACUAACAGCUACUUGCAGAGCUGGGUCCCAAGAGAGGGUUUGUUUCCAGGACAACCGAAGUUUUAAUUCUGAUAGUCCCAGUAUAAUUGGGGUGCCUUCUGAGACACAGACUAGCCCUGUGGAAAGAUACCCUGGGAGACCCAUGAAGGCAAAGCUGGACUGUAGCCGAACCAGAGACUCCUGUGACUUCUCUUACUGCAGUGAGCCCUCUGAACUGGACGAAGCUGUUGAGGAGUAUGAAGAUGAAAACACACUGUUUGACAUGGUUUGUGAGUCUUCUGUUACAGAUGAAGACAGUGACUUUGAACCCCAAACCCAGAGGCCUCAAAGUAUUGCUCGUAAAAGGCCAGGAAUAGUCCCAUCUUCCAUCCAUUCAAGUUCCCAGGGACAGGUGGUUGAUGAGUGCAGUAGUGAUGUCAUCAUCAAGAAAAUCAAGCAAGAGAUUCCUGAAGAUUAUUACAUUGUAGCAAAUGCAGAGCUGACUGGAGGGGUAGAUGGACCAGCCCUUUCCUUGACACAGAUGGCAAAGCCCAAGCCUCAAACUCAUGCUGGUCCCUCCUGUGUAGGGUCUGCUAAACUGAUUCCCCAUGUAACAUCUGCCAUCAGUGCAGAGCUAGACCCACAGAUAAUGUCAGCAUCCCCCUCUGUGAUCUCCAGACCAAUCAUCCCAAAAACUGCUAGGGUAUCGCUGGCUUCACCAAACAGAGGACCUGCUGGUGCCCAUGGCCCUGCCCACCAGGUGACCGUGCAGAUGCCUGUGAGCACAUCACAUCCUAACAAACAGAUCAGUAUCCCUUUGUCUGCCCUUCAACUGCCUGGACAGGAUGAACAGGUGGCUUCAGAGGAGUUCCUGCCCCAUUUGCCUAGCCAGGUCUCAUCUUGUGAGGUAGCCGUCUCUCCCUCAGUGAACACAGAGCCUGAAGUGAGCUCCAGUCAACAGCAGCCUCCUGUCGCUCCAACCAUAACCACUGAAGCCACUGCACAGUGCAUUCCAGACCAGGAUGAAAGAGCAGCUGAGCUCAGCAGGGAGCAGAAUGAGAAAACCAUCCGGAGCACACAGACUGCGCUCCGCAAUUUCCCUUAUUCUACUAAACUCAACAAAUUUCCUGUAUUUAAUAUUAAUGAUGACUUGAAUGAUCUGUGUACCAGUGCAGUGAGCCCAAACACCACCAAAGCCACGAGGUACGCCCUAAAUGUGUGGCGCUACUGGUGCAUGACCAACGGGCUCAAAGACCACACGGACAUCACCAAGAUCCCUGCAGUGAAGUUGAAUGAGCUGCUCGAGAACUUCUAUGUCACUGUCAAGAAGAGCGAUGGCUCAGACUUCCUGGCCACCUCACUUCACGCCAUUCGCCGUGGCCUGGACCGCAUCCUGAAGAAUGCGGGUGUGGGCUUUUCCAUCACCAGCAGCACCUUCAGUUCUUCCACCAAGAAACUCAAGGAGAAGCUGUGGGUUCUGAGUAAGGCAGGGAUGUCGGGUGCCCGUUCUCGCAAUAUCGUCUACUUCUCCCUUUCUGAUGAGGAGGAGAUGUGGCAGGCAGGGUGUCUAGGGGAUGACAGCCCCAUUACUCUCCUGUCCACAGUGGUCAAGUACAACAGCCAGUAUCUGAAUAUGCGGACGCUGCAGGAGCACGCAGACCUGAUGUAUGGUGACAUUGAGUUGCUCAAAGACCCACAAAACCAGCCCUACUUUGCCCGGACAGACAGUGUUAAGCGAGAGAGCCGGAGUGCUUCUACUAGAGUAUGUCAUGGGAAAAUCUACCAUGAGCAUUCCAGGGGACACAAACAGUGCCCUUACUGCCUCCUCUACAAGUACAUGUACAUCCACCGGCCACCUACCCAAAUGGAAGCCAAGUCUCCCUUCUAUCUGACAGCCAGGAAGGAGGCCGUGGACAUGGGCAGUGUGUGGUAUGAGGAGCAGAGGAUGGGGCUGCGGUCCCUCCGGGGAAUUGUCCCAAAUUUAGCCAGAAAGGUCAAGCUGGACAACUGUGAAAACUUCACCUUUGUCUCAUUCACUCAGGUCUCCAGGCGACUUAGCUCCCACAGCUGCUGCCAGUGAGCCUUCCAAGGCCAGGACUUCCCUCAGGUGGUCAUGGCCAGAGUCAUCAGCAAGCAGGUCCUGAGGAGACAGAAGCUGUCUUCACUCCAUGAUCCAGCUGGUCUCCAUUACUGCAGCAGGCCAUUCCUCAGUCUUGAAAUUCAGUUUUUCAUAAAAGUAGAUGACUGAAUAAUGUUUUAUCUAAAUGUGUGACACCUCGUUAAAUCUUGGAAUCUAACACAAUGUAUAAUUAUUAUAUACAAGAGUGAAGAAAUUCAUUUUAUCUAGUGCCUUUUUCGCACGGGUUUUCUUGGGGGAAAAAAAGUAAGUUUUAAGUACUUACUUUAAAAAAAAAAAAUCCCAGUAGCCUGGUAGCUUUAGAAUGGUAUAGAAUAUGUACACUUUGUUGAGUUUCUUUCACAUAAGGACCUAGAGCAAGGGAGACAGACAUAUUAAGAGAAAAGCUACACUUAGCACUCUUUAUGUUUUCUCAGUGAACGCUCUGCCAGGGCGGCAGACCUAUUCACUGAGAUAAAAGAAACAUUUCCACUGUGCUGUUGAUAAAGACAAUUUGGUAAAACAAAAAUCAGUACUCUGAAAAGGUGGUUCUGAGACACCACAUGCAGUGGACUCAGUAGUCUGCACCGUGAGGGUUUCUAGAAAGCCACUUGUGACCCAAAUAGGAAAACCUGAAGCAGAAGUGCCUGCACCUGUCUGAGUUCUCCACACCAUGAGAGCAUUUGCUGUUUGAACUUUGUUGUGUGUUAAUCUGUUUUUCACUUCAUGCGGUUGUUCUGUUGGCAAGAGUCCCUGCACAUGUAAGGCUAGCUCAUGCUUUCCUAGGAAAAUCAACAAAGUAAGCCACAAAGAAAACAGAUUCCCCACUGCAUCUACUUAAAGACUCUGGAGAUCUGUGGGUUGGCACAGGUAAGCAAGCCAGCACUGAGGACAUGGUGACCGAGUCAGAGCAUGCGUAGGUUAGUCGUGCAUUGUCAAAUCAUUUCACAUUAAUAAAACUCAACCUGACCAUGUGCUGUUUAAACAGCGGAAUUUUCUAUUAGCUACUCUGAAUACAAGUUUUUAAAAAGGAACCCAAAGACUACUGAUUAAUAGGAGUAGCUGCUGCUCUACUCUCCAUUCAAUGGAAGACUGCUAUAAUUUGUACCAUUGUGUUCUCAUGUAUGCUUUUGCAUCCCAAAUUAAAAUCCCAGUGUAGAUGCAUACUGCACAAGUCCUUACAUUAGUCAUUUCUUUUUCAAAGUACUGUUUUAAUGUUUAUUUAAAGUAGUUGUUUUAAAGUCACUCGUUAGUCACUGAAACACAGGACACUUUACCAGAGAAGACUCAACCGAUGCUGCCUUAAGGACUCAUGUUGUUCUCUUUCUAGUGAGUACAUGCUUAGAGUUCCGUGCACUAGGCUACCUCCCUGGGUAGUGAUGAGUUUUAGUGGCCCCUUCUUUGUGUAAAUAACACGCAAUUAAUAUUCAGUGUUUGACUUGACCUUGUGUAUUAGUCUGUAGUGGCUUCCAAUCGUGAUUUUAAAGAGAUAGACAAACUAGGUGUGGUAGCACACGCCUUUAAUCCCAGCACUUGGGAGGCAGAGGAAGGCAGACCUCUGUAAGGCCAGCCUGGUCUACAAAGUGAGUUCCAGGACAGCCAGGGCUACGCAGAGAGAAACCCUGUCUCAGGAAUAAAGAAGCAGAGAUGGUCACAAAAUGUUAGGUCAGUCUUCUUUAGUUUGCUAAACACCCAAAAGUUAUUUUGAUUGUGGGAAGCAAACAGUUAUCUUUUCGGUUCUGCAUGUAAGAUGGAGACAUGACUUGUAUGGCCAAGAUGCAGAGUCUGCAUCUUAAUUAUGAACACCUUCAUUUUUAUUUUAGAUAGAUUCAGAAUGUUGUCAUUAGGUGUGCUGUGAUCUUUCCAAGUUUAACAUUCCCAACAGUAGCAAUAACUGACCAUAUGUCGUCAAUAUCCCUGUCAAAUGAGACUGUUGAGCAUUUGAAUAAGCAUUUCGGCUUCAACUCACUGCCUUCCACCUAUUUGAUGCAUUGUUAGUUCUCCGAAUUCCCAGGUGAACAGUUAUACUAAAAACUCAAGAAUCAGAUCUUCAGUUCCACUUCACAGCACGGGAAUUCUUGAGUUUUGCUUCCUUGAGUUGUGGGAGUGAGGAAGAACACACUUAUAUCAAGGGCUCCCACAUGCCAUGCACAACUUUAUUGUGUAUUUGUGCAGAUAUGGCUUUGUGAAACACACUUUCAAUCAAUGCAUGGUAAAGUGGGGUGAGCCCACGGGCUGACAGAAUAGCUGUUUUCCCAGAUAACCGUGCUCCGAAGGAGCCAAGAGCUUGUGGCUGAGGUUCAAAUGAAGAACUUCUUUCCAGUCAAUUAUAUGCCAUCUCCACAGGAUACAUAAUCUGCUUUUGGCUUAAGCAAAAGAAAGGAGAAUUCCAGAAGGGACAGGGCAAGUUACAAGCACUUUCCCCACUUGCCUUUGGGUGUCUGUGCACCAGAGUUGGGGUGUUUACCCAGAAUUUCAGUUUGAGCCGGGAUCGUAGCUCAGUGGCAGGAUACUUGCCUAGGAUAUGCGAGGGCAUGGGUUCCGUUCCCAGCACCAAUGAAAUAAAUUCUUUAGCUAGCAUACCCCAAUGCAAGUUGCCUCUGGGCCGUGCAUAAGGGAAGUUGCCAUCUCAGUUCUGCAAGGACCCCUGGAAUCUUUGGAGAAGAUCAUGGUUUUUGUAUUGCUAUAAAAGAAGCUAAGGUAGGCAUGGUGACUCACGCCUGUAAUGCCAACACUCACAAGACAGAGGCAAGAGGAUUGCCAUGAGUUCUGAGCCAGCCUAGGCCAUCGUGGGCUACAGAGUGAGACUCUGUCCUGAGAAGCAAAAUUAACGGGCUAGAGAUGGGUCAGCCGUGAAGAGCACUGGCUGCUCUUCUAGAGGACCUGGACUCCGUAAACUUCAGUCCCUGGAGAUCAGACACGCUCUUUCAGCCCCCAUGAGCACCAGGUACAAACAUUGUGCACAGGCAUGUGGUAAAAACCACCCACUUAGACAAUUCAUAAAAGGAGAUGUAGGUGCUCCCUCCCCAGCACCCACGGGCCUCUCUCUGGGGAAUGGCUUGCCAGCUCGUCAUCCUGGUUUGGGAGAUCCAGUUAGACGUGAAGAGUUUAACAUACUGCUGUAUCCUAGCCAAGCAAUGGAUUUUUGUUGUUGUUCUUGUUACAGCUUUUAGUAACUGGUAUCACUCAUUUCUUCCAUUGUGGAGAUUCUCUUCCUUACGUUUUUAAACUUGAAGAGGAAACAGUGAACACAACCAAACCUAUGACGUCUACCUCUAGCACAACCAAGCCUGAUUGGUUCCUUGGAUUUUGUUCUGAUUAGUCAGCUCAGACCCAUAAAUGGCGUUAUUAAUUUAGUCUUAUUAAAAGUAUCAAGCAUUUUAGCAUGUUCAUAGACACAUCCAUGAAGAGGCUCUGAACAAGAGGGUAUUUAUGUAGAAAUUAAUGUCUUGACAGAUGCGGGGCCGUUCUUUCGCCACUGACUUGGGCAGCUCUGCUGCAGCACCGCGUGAGCGCCUCAGUGACCUCAGUGGACUGGCUCCCGGCCUUUAGCAAGACACACUGCUGUUCUAUUACUGCUCAGUACACUAGCAUGUCUUUUCAGGAGAUGCUUCUUUAAUUUUCAAGUUUCAGAACUUCUAAAGUUAUUUUGUUAUCUCUAGACAACAGAAUGCUAUUGUUAGUUUAAGCUACAGUAACCACGUUGUUGCCAUUUAAAUGAACAGAAUGGUUAAAGAUCAUCCUUACCAAGUAUUCAUCACUUUAUUGCUUUUAUGAGACACUGAUUGCUUUUUUAAAAAAGGUGAACUUGGAGCCAGUUUAGGCAUAGAUGAAUGCACAUAGCAGGACCUCCCAGAGGCUGGCUGGCUUGUCCUAGGUGAGCUCCACUCUGGUCUGAGUCCCCACUGUACCUGUCUGGGAGCUGUGAACAGAACAUAGUGGAAAUCUCAAAUUUGUGGACACUUUAAGUAAUUUCACUUCUAAAAAAAAUUUUUAAUGUUCUGUGUCAAAAGAAAAACAUUCUGUUGUUUAAACAUUGUUCCUAAGCAAAGAUCUUCGUUGUGCUUUUUCCAUGUGAAUGAGUCAAUUCACGGUGACUGGAACAGUGCUAGAUUGAAAAUUUAUUGGAAGAAUCAAACCUGAAAAAUGCCAAUUAUGUGAGGGACAGGAGAGCUUUUCCUGUUUAAAAAGUUUUUAAUGAAGAUAAUUGAAUAUGGAAACAGCAGCUUGAGUUUGCCUUUAAUAGAAAGACUACUGAGAAACAAGAUCUUUCCUGAACAAAUGAGUGUCUGUGAUCAUAAAGCUUAAAAAGACUCAGUGUGUUCCAGCUUCACACACAUGCAUGCACACUCACUUACAUACACAAAUAAAAAAAAUGUGUAGCUACCCCUUCUGGAUCGGAAUCUUCAGACAUCUGAUCAGAAAGCAGCAAGCUGUCUAUAAGAAGAGAAGAGUGGCUGGCUUCAGCUCCUCUAUAGCAGCAGGUACUGGGAAACAGUAGGGAAUUUUGAAGAGAAAGAUUAUAUCUUUGGAAUUUUAUAUUUUAAUAUCUAAAAUAUUUUAGUUAUGAUAAAUUCCAAGAAAAUAUCACCUGCCCUACAACAUACAACACAUCAUUUAGACUAAAUGGAUCUAUAAUUGCAGUGUCUCUGAAAGAAUAAUCAUUGGGUCAUUAUCCACUAGAGGAAGGAGUGGGUGCUGUAAACAGACAAUAAAGCUAGAAGCUAUGCACCUAAAAAUCCCAGAGUCCUCUCUUGAAUGUGCUAAGUUAAUAUAACAUGUACUUAAAAGUAAAUAUAGUGCCAUAGUACUGUUUUUAUUCAAUUUUAUUACUGAAAUAAUUCAUGGCAGCUGGAAAACUCAGAUACAACUCCUACAAAUGAAAUCUAAAUUACUUUAGACUUUUCCAACAAUUAAACCAUUCUUGCCGUAGAGCCCAUUGCUUCUGAGUGGCCACUUGUUCUGUACUGAGUGACAGAGCCAGGGCUGUGCCUGUCCACUGCAUCCCGUGCACCUUCACUGUCCCGGAGUUAGUAACCACAGGUACAAAAUCAGACAGUUACAGGACCCGAGUUCAAUUCCCAAAACACACCUGGCAGCUUACAGCUCUGUGACUCCAGUUCCAGGGGACCCAAUGCCUUCUUCUGGCCUCCACAUG